AUGGACAGUGCUCAUGGCGGGAUGAAGGUUGGUUGGAGGCUCCCGUCGUCGGAGUUCUUGAAGUUAAACGUUGAGGGAAGCUACUGGGCAGAAGGAGAUCAGAUGGGUGGGGGUAGAUCCAUUCGAGAUGCUGCAGGAAAGUGGAUCCUAGGUUCUGUGAAUCAUGGUAGUGCUUUUAUCGCUGAAUCUCUGGCUCUCCGAGAUGGACUUCACAUGGCGUGGAAUCCUGGAACGCGUAGGCUCCUUUGUGAAUCCGACUGUAAGGUGCUGGUUGAUACUCUGAAGCCCAGCCUCAUUGCUCAUCAUGCUCAAGCUGGAAUUUUGCAUGAGAUCCGCGAUCUUUUGGACCGGCAGUGCCGUGUAGAUCUGUCUUAG